AACAAAGUAUACACUUCCAAACAAUCACAAGAGCAGAGAAAAAGAAGGAAAAUUUUAAAAAAAUUCAAAAAGCCAUAGAAGAAAGAUGGGAGAAUCUUAAAGAAAGUCCAAAAAAAAUGAUUAAUAGUGUACUAGACAAACCAAGAAAAUCUAUUAUUAUGGAUCGCUUAAUCGUCAAAUCAGAGAAUAAUAAAGUGAGUAUAGACGAAUUAAAAGAAGUCAUUCACUUUCUACCUAAUAAAAAAGCAGCUGGACAAUCAGGUUUACAAUAUGAAUGGUUCAAAUAUCUCCCUAACGAGGGUAUAGAAGUACUAAGAGACAUCAUCAAUAUGACUUUCAAGUUAAAUGACAUUCUGGAGGAAUUUAAGUGGAG